UCUGGACAGGUUUUGAUAAAUCUCCCACAAAUUGUGUACAUAAAAAGGGCAUAGAGGCACACAAUGAGGGAAUAGUUCUAGCAUUUUACAGAUCACCAGACCAAACAUGAAAAUAUUUUUUUUUUUACAGUUUUGGGAACCGUGUACUCGUAUAAUGGGCAGACAACACAGUCUACGGUCGUGAAAGAUAGUUCCCGGCUGUCACCCACCUCGUCUGCACAGGAGCAGCAACCACGGGGCGACCUCUAUAUACAGAGGGCUACAGGGGGAUUUCCAUAGGACCCAUAGACCCGUGGGUGUCUACAUUCAUAUAACAUUGUGGAGAUUAAAAAGACACAGAAAACCGCCGCCCCAGAGCGAUGUACAGAGCAAGAGACGCAGCGUGUGACCUGUGAUCUGUGCUAAACACAUUCAGGGACAUCACUGCCUCCUUUUUCACUCCAGCUUCUAAAUUCAGCUAUGAGGAGAUGAUUAAUUGUCAUGAUUUUAGGGGAAAGGGUACUGUGUUUCUCUUGGUGAUUUACUUAGCACUGAGCUACUGCUGUAAUUUUGAAUACGACCCCAUAUCAUCCGGUUAUAUGAAGAAAAUUAAAAUGUUGGAAGAUUACAUUCUAGCUGACUAUCAAGUGGAUAUGCCAAAACUAAUUUCUGAAAAGAAUGAGGACCAAAACUGCUUGCACUUGCUAAUGCUGUUUAGAGGCAAACACAUGCUGGCAAAUUUACGUCCGGGACCUAAAUUAAAAGAAAUUAUCAAAGACAUACUAAAUGAAUUAAACUUCCUAGAGGAUUGUCCAUUUAUGAUUCCACCAUCAUGUCCCAAUGAAAGAGUUAACUUGUCUAAUGUCCUCCAAAAUAUAAGUGGUUCUCUUGCAUCCCUGCAACCAAAUAUUCUAAAUAAUUUUAGUCAUUGUCUACACAUAAAAUGUGCAACAGUAAGUUCCUCAGAUCAUGGUGACCAUGCAAAACAGUCAAGUGGGGAACGUAAUCAUUAUGUGGUGACCAUCUUGAGCCUAACCGUGAUUGCCAUUGCAGCAUCAUUUAUAAUUUGGAAAGCGUGCAACACAUGAAGUACAAGGUUGUUCUUUAACACCGUCAACAUGUUAACCUCAUCUGUGUCUUAUAGCUGGACAAUCUGGGACAUAUUGGCUUUGCACACCACGCACUUUUUUAUGAGCCUAUGCUAUAUUGCAGAAAAGUAUUCAUCCAUAGACUAUAACCAUAGCCCGACCAUGGAUCCAUCCAGUAACUUUUGCAUAGGAAAGAGAAGACUCUUAAGACUUUGUGUCUUCAGCCCAGCACAGAUGAAUGCAGCCCACCUGGGCAGAUGUAAGUUGUAAACUCCAACCAUGGAUCCCUCCAAUAACUACUACAUAGGAGAGAGAAAACUUCUAAGACUGGAUGUUGUGUUCACCACAGCACACAUACAUGAAGUUCAUCCAUACAGAUGCAAGCUGCAAACAAUCCAUGUAUCCAAUAACUAUUACCUACAAAAGUAAGACCUGCAAAACAAUAUGGAAGACCAUAGGAGAGAAAAAUAACAUAAGCUUUGAAAGGGUUAUAAGCUUUGAAAGACAAAAACAUAUCUAGGUCUCCGCACAACUUUUUUCUUUAUUUUUGGAUUUGCUUGUGGUAAAUGAGACAUAGGAAAUUGGAUAAUUUGUGCCAAACCCAAAAUUGUCCACAAUGCUAAAUGAAAAUGGACCUGUCUACUUGUAUUUUAGGAAAGUUAAUGCUUGGUUGUUACCUUCCACCAUUCAUCCAUAUACAUCCAUAUAUAUGGUGCUGAUGUUCCACAGGUCAGUCCUGAGACCAUGCUGUAAAGAUAAAGCUCUUACAGUUCUGGUACAUCAAGAAUAAAAUACAUUUCUGUUACAUCAAGAAUAAAAUAUUCCAUGUAUUUUUGGACUAAAGUACAGGUAACAAACAUUACACAAUGUAACAAGUCAUCAUGUGCAUGUGCAGGAAGUGCAAUAUACAUGAAAUAAACUCUUCCGAAAUAGGUUUUCUUCAUUAACAGUUGACAUUGGUGUUCAGAGUUUAUAAAUUAUCAACACUUUAAUGAUGGAAAAAAAAUCCCAAUGAACAGGGAAGACACUAUUUCUAUGGCAAAUACUAACUUAGAGUAGAGUUUUGUGUGUUUAGGUCAAAAUUUUACACACAACAUCAUCUUUUUUCCCACUAUAAAAUUGUGUUUUAAAAAUAUUUAUGAGGAAUAAACUGUUAACAUUGUAUGUUUCCAUUUAAAUGAGUACAUGCAUUGUUACAGUCAUUGUUUUAUUGUCCUUAUGAAUCUAAAAUAAAAAUUUAGCAGCAUGGCAAGCAGUAUUGAUAAAAAUAAAUCCUUUUCCUUUUCUGUGUAUAUGUGACUCCAUGGUUACAGACUACAAGCAAUCCCUAUGUAUAAAACCUACAUACUCUGAUUUCUACAAAGGGACAACCUGGGACUAAAAUGCAGUUCUGGAACACAACUCCUCACCCCAUAUACAAAGUCCAUCUCUAUGCAUUUCACAAAAAAUGUAAUCUCUCUAAGGAAAAUUUUGCUUCACAUUAUGUCUUUCCUCAUCACUUCCUUACAUUUAGAAACCAUACAAUUAAUACAAGAAAAACAAUAAAAGUGAAAUUCAGAAACACUUCUAUAUUCACUGUCACUUUAAACAAAUUCACUCCAUCUGAUAACCUAUGUGACUCCUAACAUUUAUGUAAAUCACUUUAUUUACCAAAAAAAAUGACCCCACAGGAACAAAGAACAUUUCUAAUCUCUAGGACUCUGAGUCUUAUUUUUCUGCAAUCUGCAGAUGAAGAUACAGAGACUUUUAUUCACCCCUCUCUCAGUGCUGUCCUUAGGUUGUAUGUGGUAUUACAACUUGGCUUCGUUAAAGGGGUAAUCCUGCCAAAGACAUCUUAUGCCCUAUCCAUGCAGCACCCACAUUCUAUUCGGGGCUGCGUCUCCAGUCUUGGAAAGCUCUUUGUUUCCAGGACGUGAGACAUUACGCAAUGCCACACCCCUUUGUGACAUCACACCACGCCCCCUUGUGACGCCACAGCACGCAACCUCCAAUUAUGUCUAUGGGAGGGGGCGACUGGAGACGCAGCCCCGCAUAGAAUGUGGGUGCUGCACAGAGAUUGUGGGGGGUCCCAGAGGCGGGGCCCCCGCGAUCAGACAUCUUAUCCACUAUCCUUUGGAUAGGGGAUAAGAUGUCUUUUGCUGGAUAGUACCCCCUUUAACUUCAGUGGAACUGAGCUGCAAUACCACACAUAACCUGAGGACUGGGGUGGUUGCUAUUUUUUUUCUGAAGAAAUCAGCUCUAUGUUUCUUAUCCUGGAAAACCCCUUUAAACAGAAUACCGAACCGACCAAACAGUUACAGGCAAAAUAGAUGACAAUUAUAGAAUAAAUAUUUGUAUCCCCCACAAAAUAAUUUGUAAUAAUGAAAUAAUUUUACCUUGUAAACUAUUAAGUCCAUUCUUUGGGGAAAGUUCCUCAUUGUUUUCUUUUUCUUUCCACCUUAUGUUUAUACUAGGGAAAUCAUUCUGGAUCAUCUUUCUUGAGAUCUCUGUGUGUCUCUGUAUUGUGCUGUUCCACCUGUUAUUUCUCCUAUGAAUAAAUUGGUGAU